AUGACGCUUAAGGUUUUUGAGGAUAAUGUCCUUUUGCGUGAGUUUCUUGAAGGGAAAGGAAAUGGUAGAAUCUUAAUUGUUGAUGGUGGUGGAAGCUAUGUGAUGUGCCAUAUUAGGUGGAAAUCUAGUUCAACAAGCUCAGAACAAUGGGUGGUCUGGUAUAGUCGUCAAUGGCUGAAUCAGAGAUAUGAUAAGAUCAAUGGAUGUGAUAUGGAUGUUAGAGCUCUGAUAUCUCAUCCUAUGAUCAAGGCUAAAAAGAAAGGAAUUGAAGAGAAACAUGUUUCUGUGAACAUUGCUUAA